AGCCACAGGUAUCGCCUGCUCAAAGACUGCUCUCUGCAGAUUACUCAGCUGGUGCUCAAUGACGCACGGCUUUACACGUGUAAGAGUGGAACACUCAAGUCAAGUGUUUCACUUCGAAUUCUUUGCAUUACUGAAAGGUCACUUCCUGCAAAUGACAAAAAGAUGGAGCUUCAUUGUUACCUCAGUACAGAUAAAGGAGCUGACCCCUGUUUCUACCACAAAGAGCUUCAUAUCCACUGGAGCACUGAGGAUGAUACACCAUUAAAUGGAAGUAGAUUUGUAAUUGAACAUCCACGUGAUUGCUUCUCUAAACUGAUCAUUGAUAAAAAAUUGACAGACCACCACAGAAAAUGGAGAUGUCAUCUAACUCAGAAUGACCUUGUUAAAGCCACGAUCAGUUAUACGACAUCAGUAGAAGAUGGACUAGAGGAAGUGUUUGCCACAGUGGGUGAGUCAGUACUAUUGACUUGUGGCAACACUUCCUCUCCUGAUAUGAAGUGGACUUUGCGUGAAAAGCAACUGGGAGAUGCUAGCUCACCUGAUAAUGGCCUAAUAAAAGCAUCGCAUGUGAAUCAGGAUUCCUCUCUGGUCAUUAGCAGACUGAGCUCACUGCAUGCUGGAGACUACCAGUGUUCACACUCCACUGAUAAAAAAAAUGUGCUCAAUAGGUUCAGGCUGCAUACCCUUGAUGUAACUGCAAUGCCUGCAGGGCUCAGAGGAGAGAAUCUCACCUUGACCUGUGCACUUACCUGUGCCACAGAAUGUGAAAAAGACUUUGAAUUAACUUGGUCAGGAAGUGCCCACAAAGGUUGGCAGAGUGAAUUAAUGAAUAUCAAUAAUACUCUGAUGAAGAAGUUAUUUCUCCCAGAGUCAUCAGUGAGAUCAUACGAAGAUAUAACAUGCUCUGUGCACAGAGAGGGUGCUCUGGUGGCAUCAAAAAAGUGGCGCGCCAUUGACCCUCUGCAAACACCUGCCUGGGUAGGCCUGCCUCUAGUCAUCCUGAUAGUGGCGGGUGGGCUCUACAUUUACACCAAGAGGAAGCGCAACAAGGAUGCAGCUAAUGAUCAGCCCAGUACUGAAAUGACUCAUGUGUACGAGGUCGUUCAGGAUGAUCGUAAUGAGGAACAACAACAGCAACUACAUUUAAAAAGAGAAGCAGCCACUGCAACAACCAGUUUUUAUGAUUUAUUACAAGCUGUGAACUAG